UCUAUCUUCUUCCUCUUUGCUCUGUUACUCAUCUUCAUCAUUUUUGUGGUUUUUCAAAAAAACAAUUUGGUGUGUAUCCAUCAACACACAACUAGACUUUUUAUUUUUAAUAUCAAGAAUCGUCAAUUUCAAUCUCUCUUUUAUCAGUUCCUGAACUUUUUUUUUUUAUAUAAAUCAGUUUACCCGAUGGCGAUUCUUGUAAAUUUGUUCCAAGUUCGUACUGGUUAUAAGAACGUUUCUUCAAAAUUUAAUCACAAGCCCAUCCGAGAGUAAGCUGAUGUUUUCAGCUUAUUAAGCCCAUUUGACUAUAUAUAUAUAUAUGUAGUUCAUCCAUCAUCAAACCAUUUGGCGAUUCUGUGCUUACAAAAAAAAAAAAGGUAUUGGAGAGGUAGUUACGUUUCCGUCGAUCGUCUCGUCGCUGCUAAGCUUCUUCAUCCCAAGUAUCUCCGGUGAUAAGAAUGAAGAUGAUCUAUCAAUGCGCACACUGUCGUCAAAUGAUCCAAUUUGGAAAAAAUGACUUUGAGUUGGAGUUAAACUGUCGAAAUUGCAAAUUGAAAACCUGUGGAAAGUGCCUCAGACGUUCUCAUUACCCGGCAUUGUGUCAUGAGUUUGAGAAGUGGUUAUUAUUCCGGUCUACACGACCUUUCCAAGGAACCACUAUUCUAUACAAUCUUCUUCGUGAUUAUAAUACUAAUCACUGGGGUUAUCAUAAUAUGCUAUUUCGUUUGUUGGACGAGGUUCAAACUGCUCAUGAACAGUUUUCUCCAGAGUUUUAUCAGCGUUUCCACAAGCGCCUCAUUCUUCCUUUUGAUCAGAUGCGGGAAGUUGUUGAUUUCAACCGUUGGUUCCUUCUCCAUGCUGCCUUCAACCCCGUCGUAGAGUCUGUUCUAGCAAAUGAGCAUAAUCUUCUCGCCACGCGAAUGACUGCUUUCGUAGUCAGUGUUCCUCCAACCGAUACGGCGCCAGAUGCAUGGACUGCAAGACUACAACAAGUCGACAUGAUUAGUAUCGAUCUUGGUGUGUCGGUUUCCAAACUGAUUUUUGGAAUUCCAAAGGCACAUAAUAUGGCGGAAGUGCAAGAAUCACGUAAGGCCGUAUCUUACUGGGAAUCAAAGAUGGUAUCGUGAAGUCCUUCCUUGUUCACAAAGGUUCUUGAUUCGAAAUUUCUUCUUUUGUGCGUGACACUUGGUUUGAAACACUACACAAUGUUGUUAUUUGGUAGAAUCUUCUAAUAUCACUCAACUUCUUUUUGUUGUCAAUAUUAUAAUUGUGGCUCUUCUUCUUAUUAAGAAGUACCACUCCUAUUUUACA